UUAUAUUUACAUAGUGUACUGAGUACCACUAAUCGACUGACUCUGAUAAGGAAUGCUGUUUGGACUCUUUCGAAUUUGUGUCGCGGUAAAAACCCCCCUGCAGACUUUUCGAAAAUUGUAAAUGGUCUACCCAUCCUAGCACGACUUUUAAACCAUACAGAUCCCGAUAUACUAAGUGAUUCAUGCUGGGCUAUCAGCUAUUUGUCCGAUGGGCCAAAUGAUAAGGUACAAGCUGUUAUAGAUGCGGGAGUAUGCCGACGCCUUGUGGAGCUUUUGAUGCAUCCACAGAACAACGUAGUUACAGCGGCACUUCGAGCAGUUGGUAACAUCGUAACGGGAGAUGAUGUUCAAACGCAAGUGAUUUUGAACUGCAAUGCUUUGUCUUGUAUAAAUAUUUUAUUGAGUUCGCAAUUUGAAACCAUUAAAAAAGAAUCGUGCUGGACUAUUUCUAACGUUGCAGCGGGUAAUAGACAACAAAUUCAGGCUGUGAUUGACGCCAAUAUUUUCCCUGUACUUAUAAGCAUAAUGCAAAAUGCCGAUUUCAAAACUAAAAAGGAAGCAGCCUGGGCAAUAACAAAUGCUACUAGCAGUGGAACAGCAGAGCAGAUAAGAUAUUUG